CGGUAUUUUUCUUCUGAAGUGAGAACCCUUCUCUCUUUACCCCGAUUCUAACCCCAUGAACUCCAAAGGAAAAAAUAUAAGUCCCUUUCCGGAGCGAGGCUGCUGUCAGAACCACCGCUACCGGUUCCCUCUCUCCCCCCGGGCCAGCUCCGUGUGCGGCUCUUCCGAACAAGGCGGGGGGAUGCCGGGGAUGCCAGGGACCCCCUCCUCCUUCCCUCCCUCCGGUGCCGUCGAGGCACGGAGCGCCCCGCGGGCGGCGGCCGGGGUGAGGAACACCCAGCGUUGUGCCCCACACCGGGGAGGGGCGUCGGUGGGGGCAGCCCCCGGCCGUUGAUAAGCCCCGGGCCGGCCCCGCCGCCGCACACACCGGGGCCGGGCACCUGCAGGCAGCUGGCCGUGCACCGCACCGGAGGAGGCUCCCGCGGCGCCGAGGAGAUGGGGCGGCCCCUGGCGCUGCUGGCCCCGCUGGCCCUGCUGGCCGCGCUGGAGGCGGCGGGCGGCGGGCCGGGCGAGGCGACGCAGACGGGCCGCUUCUCCACGCCGGAGAGGCACCGCUGCCAGUGGGAGCUGCGCUGGGCGGCGGGGGCCAGCGAGCUGCGGCUGAGCUGCCGGCCGCCGGCGGGCGGCGGGGCGGCGCGGAGCUGCGUGUACCGGGGGGAGCCCCGCCGCUGCCCCGCCUACGGCGCCCGCAGCCGCCGCUACUGGCGGCAGGUCCUGGCCCACCUGCGCCGCCCCUGCGCCGAGGGCGCCCCGCUCGGCCCCCGCCUCUGCGGCCCCGGCCGGGCGCCCCCCGAGGCCCAGCUGCGGCUGCUGCUGCCCGGCCGCGGCCCCACGCCGCCGGCCCCAGCCUCCGCCGAGCCCCCCGAGCGCCUGGUGGAGACCUACUGCGCCCAGCGGUGGCACUCGCUCUGCAGCUUCUUCGUCGGCUUCUGGCAGGGCUGAGCCGCCGCCCGCACCCGCCUGCCGCUGCCUCUCCCCCUUUGUAUUUUU